AUGUUCCAAUCGCCCAGAAUUGGACACAGAACCUCAUCGCCACACCCAAUAGACAGAGAUGAUUUGUGUGAAGCAAGUCUUCCUAAGGUUCAUCAUGAUGCCAUACCAGUUGCAGUUGCAGAUAUCCCUACAGCUCCAAAGCAGGAACAGGUCCAGAAUUGGAUUCAGACUUCCAACUAUGGUUUGGAUCAACAACUUAAUCCAGAUGCAGCAACCUGGGUACCUACACCUGAUGUCAACCUGCCGUUAGCUACACCUAUUGAUGCAUGGAUUGAUGCUCUGAUCCCGGGUCAAGAAACCGUUGUCCCUGAGAAGUCAAUGUCCAAUCAAGGCGCUAGUGAUCAUCUGAUAGCUGCAUUGGUGAAAUUGGAGAGCGAUAGAGGCCUGCCUGCGACACAGAUCCCUAUCUUCGACGGAUCCCCAUUACUUUGGCCAAAGUUUGUGGAACAGUUUCACACACAAGUUCACUCCAAACCAGGCAUCAACGACGCCAGAAGGAGGGACCUGUUGCAAUCCCAUGUAUCAGGAGUUGCCCAACAGAUGGUUCGUGGAAUAGGCUAUAGCGGACGUUGUUAUGCAGAUGCUCUACAAGAACUUAAACUUGCCUUCGCUCAUCGCAACUUAGUAGCCAGAGCCUACCUUGAUCAGAUAACCACAGGACCCAUAGUUCCAUCACGUAACCCUAUGGCCUUUAGACAGUUCUACGUGGAUGUACGUGAUUGCAUACUGACUUUACAGCAGCUUACCUACACUUCAGAUCUACAAGGCACAGAUUUGCUACUCCGGGUAUCGAAACGUCUUCCAGCGGACAAACUCCGGUUUUGGAAUCGCCAUGUAGCCUUCAAGUCGAGGAAAAAAGAGCCGUCAUUGUUUGACCUAAGAGACUGGUUGAUAGAAUCUGUAGAAAUUGAGUUUAAUCCUUACACUGUGAAAGUGGAACCCGGGAAAAGGGAUAAAGGACACAGCAAAGGAGCCUUAGCAGUCAAUACCACCAUCCAAGUACCGAAGGACAAGCCAGUCACCCAACAUGAGAAGCCAGUCAUCUCAAAUGAGAAACCAGCCGUCUCUAGGAGGGAAAAAAAACAGAACACCAAUAAAGCUUCUUCAACUCAGUCAUCAAACCGGUCAGGCCGAUCCCAGACUAACAGUUCAACACCAAAGAGCCAAAGUCCAUUUCCAGUGUCCGUAUGUCCAUUAUGCAAUGACAAUCAUCACUUGUACAGAUGCUUCAAGUUUGUCAACAGAAGACCAGAGGAACGGAGGAAGAUAGUCCAAGAUAAGAAACUAUGCCUCAACUGUUUGCGAUCCCAUGAUGUUAGCCAGUGCACUCCUAGCCUACGAUGCCGAGAAGACAACUGUGCCCAAGCACAUCACACUUUGCUGCAUUUGGAUUCCAAAUCUGCCAUGAGUGCAUCCAUCAACAUUGCAUCCAAUGACAAGCAAGUCAAGUCUACGCGUGCACACUUCCAACUGGUCAAAGUAUAUGCUUGUGGAAAUAACGGUCGAUGGGUACCAACAGUUGCGCUCAUGGACUCUGCAAGUGAGAUAACUGUGAUACGUCAAUCUCUGGCCAGGGAUCUUGGUUUACGAGGGAAGACACGUCAACUCAAGAUCACUACAAUGAAUGCUGAGUCAACCACUCCGUCACAAGUCGUUUCUUUGAAGCUGAGGUCUGCUGAAGGGAUGGACUCACCAGUAAUCCAUAUCAAUGAUGCCUGGACGGUAGAAAGUGAUGCUUUCCAGUGUCCACCACAGCGGAUCCUGUCAAAAUGGGAGCAUGUGAAAGAACUUGGUUUGACGAACAUCGAAACGUCAGAGGUACAGAUAUUGAUAGGCAUCAACGCUCAUCUCCAGAUGGACACCAGAACUGGUAGGAAAAAUCAACCCAUAGCUGUGAAGACACCCCUGGGAUGGUCGUUGAUGGGAGUUACAGAUGCACACCAUACUGAUAAUGUAGCUGCCAGGGUCAACUUACUACGGAGAGAUGGUCAACAGUUACAACAACAAAUCGAAAUGUUUUGGAGCACAGAAUCAUUUGGUGUGUCAUGCCGUGGUGAGAAGCCACUGUCCAGAGAAGACAAGCAAGCUGAGAAGAUAAUGGAAGAAUUAACCCACUUGGUGAAUGGUCAAUACGAGGUCGGGAUGCUAUGGAGAGACUACAUUGAUGCUGUACCACUUCCUGAUAAUAGACAAAUAGCUAGUCGCCGAUAUCAUCUCCUGGAAAAGUGCCUGAGAAAGGACGAAGAACUGAAUCAACUCUACUCUGAAACUUUGAAUGGUUACGUCAGCCAAGGAUUUGCUAGGAAACUCACACCUGAUGAGGCCGUGAAGUCAACACCCAGAACUUGGUAUAUCCCACACCAGAGCGUCUUGAAUCCCAACAAGCCCGGUAAAGUCCGUGUAGUGUUUGAUGCUGCAGCCACCUGUAAUGGAACAUCACUUAAUGAACGCCUCAUGACCGGACCCGAUCUAUUGAACAGUUUGUUUGGGGUACUGCAACGAUUCCGCCUGUACCAGGUUGCCAUAUGCGCUGAUGUGGAGGGUAUGUUCCAUAGAGUACGAGUGUCAGAAGCCGACUCAGAUGCGCUGCGAUUCCUCUGGAAAGAAGAUAUCAAUCAACCUGGACCACCUGAUACAUACAAGAUGCUAGUCCACAUCUUUGUAGCCACAGAUUCGCCGACUUGUGCAAAUUACGCCCUCAAAAGGACUGCCAAUGACAACAGGAAUGAGUUCAGCAAAGAAGCCAUAGAUGCCGUCAAUGGUGACUUCUAUGUUGAUGAUCUGGCCAAGUCCGUCGAUACUGUGGCAGAAGCUGUGAAACUCGCCAAGGAGAUAGUUGCCUUAUUAAAAGGGGGAGGAUUCCAUCUGCACAAGUUUCUCUCAAAUUACGUCCAAUUCCUGAUGAACAUUGAGAAGUCUGAACGAACAAUACAAGACUUAGACUUUGCAACAGGAGAGUCAAAUAUACAGCGAACACUUGGUCUCAAAUGGGAAGUCACUGAAGACAAGUUCAUCUUCAAAUGGAAGCCCAAGAACAAACCCAUCACAAAAAGAGGAGUAGUCAGCAUCGUCAGCUCCAUAUUUGAUCCAUGCGGUUAUCUGGCUCCAUUUGUCUUUUGCGCCAAGCUCUUAGUACAGGAGUUGUCAAGAUUUGGAUUGGCCUGGGAUGAGCCUUUGAGUGAACAGUCAGAGCUGAAAUGGAAAUGUUGGUUGGAAGAGCUGGAACAUCUGUCAUCCUUUGAGCUACCCCGCCAUCACCCGAACUUCUCCCCCAGAGUCGAGUGUAUCCAACUACAUACCUUCUCCGAUGCCUCUGAAUCUGGAUUUGGUGCUUUCGCCUACUUGCGCUAUGUUUCUGAGAACCACCAAGUUGAAUACUCGUUGUUAGCUGCCAAGACCAGAGUCGCCUCGCUGAAGCCUGUACUUUCAAUCCCCAGACUCGAACUGCAAGGAGCACUCCUAGCCUCCAGAUUGGGAACUACACUAAUGAAGGAGCUACACCUACCGAUCACAGCAUCCAUAUACUGGACCGAUUCAACAACUGUCCUGAGACCAAAUCGGUGGAGCAGAAUGAUGGAAACGGUGUGA